UCCUCUCCUCUCCUCUCCUCUCCCCUCCUCUUCUCCUCUCCCCUCCUCUUCUCCUCUUCUCUCUGCUUUGGGCUUGACACACAUCAGGACUCUCUGGGCUUGGGGUUUUCAGGAUUCCCCUAUCUGUUUCUCCUUGUCUUUCCCCCUCUCACACCCAAGCUUUUUCUUCCCUGUUGUCUUGGCCCUCAUGUCUGCUGGACUUGGGAGUCCAAUUGGUUAUUCAUCCCUGUUCCUUUGGGAAGAGAGGGUUGAUUUGGGGCUUUGGGGUAGACAGAGACGGAGGGGCUCCCCCAUCUGUCCACCUAGAAUCCGAUGCGGCCUCGUCUCCUGCACGGACUCUCUGGGGUCUCUGUCACACUCUUCUGCUUGGCACUCCUUUCGGUGAGACACAAGACUCCAGGACUCAGAGGGACAGGCCCGGGGGAGAAUAGCACCAAGCCAGGGGCCCUGGCACUCACUGACAUCUACAUUGCUGUCAAGACGACCCAGAGCUUCCAUAGGUCCCGACUGCAGUUGCUGCUGGACACUUGGAUCUCAAGGGCAAGGAAGCAGACUUACAUCUUCACCGAUGGAGAGGACGAGGCCCUCCAGGAGAGACUAGGGCCUCACCUAGUGGUCACAAACUGCUCUGCUGAGCACAGCCACCCAGCCUUGUCCUGCAAGAUGGCAGCAGAAUUCGAUGCCUUCCUGGCCAGCGGGCUGAGUUGGUUCUGCCACUUGGAUGAUGACAAUUACCUGAACCCAGAGGCCCUGCUGAUGCUCCUGUCCUCCUUCUCACCCACCUGGGAUGUGUAUGUUGGUAAACCAAGUCUGAACAGGCCCAUCAUGGCUUCAGAGCCAAUGCCCAACAACCAGAUGAGGCCAGUGCGAUUCUGGUUUGCUACAGGUGGAGCUGGCUUCUGUAUCAACCGAAAAUUGGCCAGGAAGAUGGUGCCAUGGGCCAGUGGCCCCAAUUUCCUGAGCACCUCCACUAAGAUCCGUCUACCUGAUGACUGCACUGUGGGCUACAUUGUUGAGUGCAAGCUGGGGCGCCGCCUGCUCCCCAGCCCUCUGUUCCACUCCCACCUAGAGGACCUGCGGAUCCUUGGGGCUGCUCAGCUCCCAAAUCAAGUCACUCUCAGUUAUGGAGUCUUUGAGAAGAAACUCAAUGCCAUUGACCUGGAGGGCCCCUUCUCUCCACAAGAAGACCCCUCUAGGUUCCGAUCCCUCCAUUGUCUCCUUUAUCCUGAUACCUCCUGGUGCCCACAGCAGGCUGCUCAGUGACCCCUGACACCUCCUUCUUGGGCCAAAGGCCAAAGGAGGCCUUUGGUUACUGUGUCACUUACAGAGGACCUGAGAGUCACCUCCAGCCCAACCUUUCCUUCUGCAGUGGGCUUCCCAGGAAAGAGCAAGGGUAUUGCCAAUGGCGGAACGUCUUGGUUUCCUGACCUCCUUCAGGACGAGGUCUGGGUUUGGAUAGUGGCUAUCAUCUAAGGAAAAGACUGAUCUCCCCCAUUCAUGGGACACCAUCUCCCCCAGGUGACCUAGUAAAGAGUUGGGUAGCUAAGGAAGCUGGGAAGACUGAGUUGGGAGGUGGAAAGGCUCCAUGCAUUCCUAUGAAGGAUGAGUCAAACAGAGGGUUAGGGACAGAACUUUGGGGAAAAGGGGCCAGGAAGUUUCUCUACCUUCCUGAGGUGGGAGGUCCUAACUGUCUACAAAGGGCAAAGCAAAACUCCCAACUGGAUCUUGGGGCAGGGUUGUCCUUCUUUGGACCUCAGUUUCCUUAUCUGAAAAAUGAGAGGAUUACAUUUGAUGGUUUCUAAAGUGUCAUUCCAUGUUCUAAGGGCCCUUAGCUCUAACUGUUUUCAGGUCCCUCCCACUUUCUGUGUUCUGAGGGCCCUCCCAUUGCUGACAUUCCAUGUUUUGAGGUCCCUCCUAGCUUUGACAUUCUGUAAUGCCUUCUCUACUGACUCAGACUCUUGUUGGGGCUCUGUCCUUCUGAGACCAGCUGCAAAUACCUGUGAACUGGUCACGUCCCCCAGUAGAAUAAAGUGAGAUAUUGGGGCUCAGUCACAAAUUGGGUUCUUUUCUAAAAGUCUAUGUAUAUAUACUGGGCCCCAUCUUGGGGUACUUGUACUGAUCCCCCUAAGACUCUAAGUGACAGAGGAGUUGCUAAUUUGUAUUAGUAAAGGGAAUUUCCUCAUGUGGGAGCUCCUUGCACCAAUGAAAUCACAAAUCCCCCCAAAAGUAUCUUACUAUAGGGAGAAAGAACAGGAGAGCCCAUUGGGUAGCGUCCCUGCUACUUUAGACUUUCUAUUUGCCCUAGACAUCCUUCUCCAGUGAUCAGUCCUAGGAUUUAGAGCAAGCAAGGCACCUUAGAGAUGAUAUGACUGAAGUCUCCUAUUUUGCGGAGGAGAAAACUGAGGCUAUAGAAGGAAAUUAAUUUGCCCAGAUCACACAGGUAGAGAGCAUGUCAGCUAGGCUUAGAACCCACAUUUUCUGCUCCAAAUCCAAAGUCCUUUUCAUCUGUACUUCAAGCCCCCUCCUAGGUGUGGCAUGGUGUGAUGAUUGUAACAAAGUAUGUGGCCUGGUGGUAAGGGAAAAGGGGAGUGUCAAGAGGCAGGGACCCUUUGCUUCACCCUUUGGUCCAAAAAAUGGGAAUGGGUUUGAGUUGGGAUGUGAAAGAAACAGGAUACUGUAUGGUUAAAGCUGAGCUAAGUAACCAGCAAUAUGGUAUACUUAGGGAGGUCCCUGAGGAUGAGUGAUCCAGGGCCUGGCACAUACUAGGCAUUUGUUAAAUUGAGUGAUUAAUUGAUGGAUGUCUGGCGGGGGGGGGGAUGCUGGAUGAGUUAAGGGGGAGAUUAAAACAUUCUUAUUUUAUUGAUGGUGUGUUUUCUUUUACAUUGCUGACAUUUCCCAAUGCACCUUCUCCUCCCCCACCGUGAAAUUCUGUAGCAUCCUUUCCAAUCCAAAAACCGGACAGCUAAGCAAAACAAAUCAAUACACUGUCCUUGUCUGAUGACAUAUGUUUCAUUUUCACCUGUAGUUCCCAACUUCUGAAGCAAAACAAACCAAUACUUUGAUGUUGCCUCAUUGCUAGCCUGUAGCUCUACUUCUCAGGGUUUUUCCCCCCAUGAACAAACAUUUAUUUUGUCUCCCCUCCCCUGUAAUUUGAAAGAAAAAAGAGGAAAAAUAAAGCCCUU